UCUGCAUGGUUCUCCAGUCUCUCGAUUCUCGUGAGAUCCGCGCACGUGUCGGUCGCUAACGCGGCCGUUUUCUCUAGCCACGGAGACUACAAAAUCGAACACUGCGGUUCCAAUUCCAAGGCCCUGGGCCGCACGAGUGCCUUCAAACGACGUUAUGGCCAAUUUUCAGGAAGUAUGUGUCGUCCGCACCGACGGCGACCUACCGCUGGCGAAGUACCGGUCAACAAAAACUGGCAUGACCGUGUGCGUGUCCGAAUUUGAUGGGCCACUCAUUAGCGGAUACCUUUGCAUCGCGACUGAAGCUCAAGAUGACGACGGCCUGCCGCAUACCUUAGAACAUCUAAUUUUCAUGGGCAGCGAGGACUACCCUUUCAAGGGAAUCCUGGACCAGUUGGCAAAUCGGUGCCUGGCAUCUGGCACCAAUGCUUGGACAGAUUCAGACCACACCUGUUACACCAUGACUACAGCUGGUUCCAAGGGGUUCCUCAACUUGUUGCCAAUCUACCUAGACCACAUUCUCUACCCUUUGCUCACGGAGGCAGCCUUCAUCACCGAAGUCCAUCAUGUGAACGGAGAGGGAGAGGAUGCUGGUGUUGUCUACUGCGAGAUGCAGGCACGCGAGAACACAGGCGAAAGCUUGUGCAUGCUGAACCUGUUGCGUACACUCUACCCAGCUCCCUGUGGCUACCGCUACGAGACUGGAGGCCUCAUGCGCAAUCUUCGGGAGAGCACUGACAACCAAAAGGUCAGAAUGUACCACAGGAACUUCUACCGUCCUGAGAACCUAUGUGUGAUUGUAGCUGGCAGCGUGUCUCCCAAAGAAGUACUCAAGGCUCUGGAGCCAUUUGAGAGAAAGAUCAUUGCAAAGGGCCAGAGGAAAUCAUUCACUCGACCAUGGCAGAAACCAGUACCACCCAUCACUGGUCCUUUGGACUCAACAGUACCAUACCCAUGUGAUGAUGAUGACCAUGGCCUUGUUUAUGUAGCUUUCAGGGGACCUCCACUUAAGGCUUGUGAAGACAUUGCAGCAUUGUUGGUCAUGCAAGACUACCUUACAGACACAUCAGUCUCUCCUCUACAGAAGUUGUUUGUUGAGACAGAAGAUCCAUACUGCAGCAUGGUAAAAGCAAGUUUUAUUGAAAACAAAGAAAGCUGCUUUUAUUUUGGCUUUGAGAACGUGACCAAAGGAAAACUCAGAAUGAUCAAGAGCACAUUGAUCAAGGCUUUGUCUGACAUUGCUAAUGGCACUACUCCUCUGGACAUGGAAAGAAUGGCUGUUGUAAUUCAAAGGCGACGUCUCCGGAUACUGAAUCAGGUUGAAUCUUCACCACACGAGAGUAUCGCAAACACCGUCAUUAUGGACUUCCUCUAUGGAGACACGCUCGAAGAUCUGCGGAACAGGGUAAACCAGAUUCCCAUAUUCAUGAGCCUGCUGAAAAAAGAUAAGCACUUUUGGGUGAACCUUCUGAAAAAGUACAUGGUUGACAACAAGGCCAUCUGUGUGAUUGGGGAACCGAGCCCGCAUUUGAUGGGGAAGAUGUCUGAUGCAGAGAGCCAGAGGAUCCAGCGUCAGCGAGAAACUCUUGGGGAUGAAGGCCUCCAGAAGCGAGCUGAAGCCCUAGAAAAGGCCAUUGAGGCUAAUGAGAAAGAGCCACCGAAGGAGAUGAUCUUGGCUGUGGAAGUUCCGCCUGUGUCAACCAUCAGCUUCCAUAGUCUGUUGCGUGCUUGCAAUGCUCAUGGCGAUAAGGGCAUUAUGUCCUUUGGCCUUCAAGGAAUUCCUUUCCGGUUUGAACUGGACCAUCUCAAGACCAACUUUGUCUCGCUUACUGUCAUGCUCAACACAAGCGGUAUCUCCCAGGACCUUCGCAUGCACAUACCACUCUUUCUAGAGCUGCUUCAUGAGUCACCGGUCAUGACAAAAACAGGGCGCUUGAACCACAACGACGUCAUCAACCAACUGGAGGCAGACACCAUCCACAUAGUCACUGGGUUGGGCCUCGAGUGCAGUGCCCGCUUCUUUGCCGGCUCCCAUGCCCAGUAUGCCUCCCUCUGCCUUUUGAUAGACCGUGAGAAAUAUUUCCAAGGAGUGCAGUGGGUGCACGACUUGCUGACUGGCAUACAGUUUGAGCCAGACCGGAUCCAAGUUGUGGCUAACAAGAUGGUCAAGGAUGUGGUCAAGAAGAAGCGCUCAGGGAUAAAGAUCACCGGAACGCUCAUACGGAUACUCUCGUUUCGGCCAGAAAGUAAUCAUACCGCUGGCAGUAUGCUCCGCCAGCAGACCUUCCUGUACGACUUGCUGCGGCAGCUGAAGGUGGAUCCAACCAAGGUGAUAAAAAAACUGAUGGAGGUGAAGGAGUUCCUGACACGACCUGAGAACUUGACUGUGCACCUGGCUGCAAAUAUUGAAAAGUUAUCACUGCACGGUAGUCUGCAUACACCUUGGAUAACCUGCAUAACCAGACAGCCAAGGCCUCCAGCCUCUAUGAAAAGCUCUGCGCAGGUGCCGUGCCAUGCGCUGCUGUUUCGUGGCACUGAGCAGGGUCUUCCACGAGAUGUGAUCACGUCUGUGGGCUCGGUAGAGUCGGCCUUCCUGACCCAGUGCUCACCUAGCCUCAGCUCUUAUACAAGCCCUGACCUGCCUCCAUUGCUGGUGCUAAUCCAAUAUCUCGUACAGCUGGAGGGUCCCAUGUGGCGGCAAAUCCGAGGCCAGGGCCUGUCAUAUAACUAUGACCUGCAGUUAAGACCCUGUGAUGGCCUGCUGUACUUUGUGCUGACUAAGUCGACACUGGUGGCAGCCGCAUACCGUGAGGCAAUGCAGAUAGUACAGCGGCACGCUGCAGGCGAGGAGGAGUGGGAUGAAGAGCUGCUGGAAGCGAGCCGCAGUAGCCUGAUGUUUGAGAUAAUUGAGAAAGAGAAGUAUGUCAACGAGGUUGCCCUCCAGUCCAUGCUGUCCUACCUUCGUGGCAUCGACAUGAGCUACACAAGGACCCUGCUGGAGAAGGUGGCAAAAGUGAAGCUAGCAGACAUGGUGCGUGUGGGAAAGCAAUAUCUGUCUUCACUCUUUGACCCAACUGUGUCCAAGCUGGCCAUUUGCUGCCACCCAUCCAAGGUUGAUGAUACUGUUGCUGCUUUCAAAGAGUUCCGGAGAAACCUCACAGUUGUCACAUCUCUGGACGAUAGCAUUUUUGCAAAGUAUUGAAAAUGUGGCCAAUCAUCAAAAAGUCGAACCACUAAACUGGCACAGCCCAAGCCCAAAGCUGAGGAUCUGAGCAAGUCGCCCUUUGUUCACAGCUUUCUUAUUUCUAAACUGCUGUCUAAGAUACUUGUUCGUUGGUGCGCACCACACUUGUCGUAGGCACGGACUUUUAAAAUAAAGCCUGUACAAUUGUUUGUACAA